GUUGCUGUGGUUGUGUAUACUAAUUAUUAUUAUUAUUAUUAUUAUUACUAUUAUUAUUACGCGCUCGUGCACGGUGCUUGCUCGCGCAGUAGUGCAGUAUAGCGGCAGCAACGGCGGCGAUAGUGUGUGCGUAUCUCGCUCGUGGCGUACAGUGAUUUUGUGAUAAUACAUCGCGUUAUGUUAUAUUAUUUUCAUUAUACGUUCGUAUUAUAACUAUAUUGUUAUUUAUUCAUAACUUGAAUAAAACAGUUUGUACACGCACGAGUUAAUUGAUUUUACGUAAGUCCGAUUUUAAUUUAAAAAAAAAUUCUCAUCGAUCAUCUUAGUUUCGGCCGGCCGAAAGCGCCGAAGAGAAAAACUUGUAAUUAUCUCUUCGCAGUUUGCGUCUCUCGAUACCUUUAAUAUAUUGAAUACGAAUAAAAAUAUCAAAAACAGUUUUUGUAUACAAUCGCGUGCGUUAUUUGUGUCGGUGUCGUGCCCGCCAUAAAUGUCAUCGGCACCGUCCGGGUCCACACCAUCAGCACCGUCAACGCGAUGAUUGCUUCGGAGACCCGUAACCAUUGCGCCGCCGUAGUCAUGGAUUUGAGCACGCGGGCCAGUUCCGGCGGUGGAGGCGAUUCCAACGACGGCGGCAAUCACGGUCGCCGGCGCAGCGGCGGCGGUAGACCGGCCAAGUCGGUGUUUUCCAUCAGGAGUUUGGUAGGCGAGGACACCGUUCGCGGCCGUUGCGACCGGGACGUCGAUGGCAGCGGCGAUGAAGAUGACAGAGACGAUCAUGCAGCAGCGGCGGCCGCAGUAUCGGCGGUAGCGAUAUCGGCGUCGGGAGUAUCUGCAGUGGCCGCAGUAGCGUCGGCCGACGAAAGCCAUGGACUUCAGAAAGACGAUCAUUCGCAGUCGGGAGAGUGUGCGCUGACGCACGCGGCGGUGCCGUUCGACGAUCAGCGACGCACGGCCGCGGCCACCGCGGUGGCCAUGGCUGCAGCCGCGACCAUGAUGCGAGAGAGGUCAGCCGUCGUGGCGGCGGCGAUGGCGGUCCAACAACAACAACACAAGCAGCUCCAGCAACAGCAACAACAACAACAACAACAACAACAACAACAGCAGCAGCAACACCACCAAAUGCAACAGCAGCAGCAGCAGCAACAACAGCAACACUGUAGGUCUUUAAUGGCCGGCAGCGGUGGCCGCGGUCCCGGUUACGAUUACUAUUCGUCCCCGCCGCCCGGUUACUACGGCGGCGGCGGCGCCGUGGACGACGAUAACGGCGCGGACGACGACGUGGAAAACGGCGGAUGCGACGACCACGACGGCGACGGCAGAGACGGGAUCGUGGACAUGAGCGGUGCCGGUGGCGGUCACGACGCUUCGGCGGACAACGAUGACGACUGCUACGGCGGGCCGCCGUCUGCGGGCGGCACCAACAAGAGGAAACAGCGCCGGUACCGGACCACGUUCACCAGUUACCAGCUGGACGAGCUGGAGAAGGCGUUCGGCCGGACUCACUACCCGGACGUGUUCACCAGAGAGGAACUGGCGUCGAAAAUAGGACUGACCGAAGCCAGAAUACAGGUAUGGUUCCAAAACCGACGGGCGAAAUGGCGCAAACAGGAGAAAGUCGGUCCGCAGGCUCACCCGUACAGCGGCGGCGGCGGCAAUCCGUACUUGGGCGUGCCGAAUUCCAUGUCGGCCGGCCGCCACAGCCCGUCCGGGGCCGCGCUUAGCCCGCUGCCGGCCAACCCGCCGUUCAUGAUGACCGGCGGCAUGGGCUUGGGCGGCGGUGGCCCGUUGGGAAUGGGCAACAUCGGUCUGGGCAGUCACCAUUUACUGCACGCCGGCCACCACCAUCAUCACCAUCACCAGCAGCAACUGCAGGCCGCGGCUGCCAUGGCCGCCGCGCUGCGCGGCCACCACCACCAGCACCAUCACUCGGGCAACGGCGCGGCGGGCAGGUCGUCGCCACUGCCGCCGACUUCGCAAGCCCUGUCGACCGUCGCCGCGGCCGCCAUGGAACUGCAACUCCAGCAACAGCAACAGCACCAACGGAGCAACGGGGCCGCCGCGGCCGCGGCCGCUGUCGCAGCGGCUGCAGCCACCUUCCGCGGUUAUCCGUCUCAGCUGCAGCAGCAGAGAUCGCCGCCCGGCAACGACAGCGCCCCGACCACUCCGCCGGCACCGAACAGCAACUCGUCGCCGCCGCCGCCCACAAUUCCGCUGCAGCCGACGCUCUACCACCCGGCGCCGGUGCAGGCCGCGCCGCCGGCCGUGCCGUCUCCGCACCAUCUGCACCACCACCACCCCUACGCCGCCGCUUAUCAUCAACACCUCCGCGGUGGCGUCGGCGGCCAGGGAUACCAACAUCACCACCAACAGCAACAGCAGCAACAACACUUCAACAGCCUGCUGGCCAACAUGGCCAUGGCCGCGGCCGCCAUGCGACCGUCCGCCGGUGUCGGCGGCGGCGGCGCUCGGUCGCCACCGCUUUCGCUGACGCAGCCGACGCCGUCGGCCGUACUGCACCCGCCACCCCCGCCGCCGCCACCCGGUCUGCUCGCCGUACCGCCGCCGCCCGCGCGAUCCGACACGUCGACCACGUCGCCGCCGGCGGCCGCUGUGGUCCGCGGAGGCGGCAGUCGGAGCUGCAGCGACAGGAGCAGCCCGGCCGGGUCGGACGGCGACGCGUCCCCGGCGGACCCGCUGGCCGCAGCCGCGGCCGCCGAACUGAACCGCCGGUCGUCCAGCAUCGCGGCGCUCCGCAUGAAGGCCAGACGUCACCGGGACGAGAUCCGCUUGCGCGGCGGUAGCAACGCCGGCGACGACGCGGCGACCGCCAACGGCGGCCGUUGUUCUUCGUCGUCGUCGCUUUCGUCGUCCACCUCGUCGUAAUCGCUCCCCCUCCCCAAAAAAACCUCCCCGUCGGCCGUCACCCGAGCGUAUCCGAUGUACUCUCCGCGGUACACACAUAAUAUCAUGUCAUUAUAUAAAUAAUAAAAAUGAAAAAAAAAUGUAUAAUAUUAAUAUAUUAUAUUCAAUCCUACAAGUGUCUGUCGCCGACGGUGAUGAUGUUUAAUGUUCAAAUCCGCGGACAUAUAUAUUAUUGUUGUAAAUAAGUGUUACGCGUUAAAUAUUUCUGUUUAAAAGUGUGUGUGUGUGUGCUGUGCGCAAGUACGCGGCCAUAUAAUUUGUAGCGACUGUGUAUAAGUAGGUAUGUGCUACUGCGGGCCGUCGACGUAUUUUCAUCAUAUUUCUAUUACAAUAUAAUUUUUAUACCGUUCUGGUGCGGGCCGCCGGCGGUGGCCAUCAUCAGCCAAUAACACGGCGAUGUAAUAAUAGGUAUAUACGCGGUCGUAUGAUGCGUUGAUAAUAUUAUUAUUACCCGCGUACGGAGAGUAUCAUACACGAAUCGCUCCCGUAUAAAAUAAUUAAAUCUAAUAACGAUUAGGUCGGUUUUUCAUUUCUUUCGUUCCGUGUUAUACGACGAUGAAUCGGGAGGCGGAGAAAUCGGCCCCGUCCGCUGCGCCUCCCGCCGCAGUCGUGUAAAGUCAGAUUUUCACGCCUCCCCUCCCCGACCGCGCCGGUCACAACGGUGGCACAAUCCGUACGACGGGCCGCCGACGGAAGGUUUCUGCCGUACGCAGUAGUCGUCGUCGUCGACAGAUCGAUAAUAAAACCACUCGGUGAAGACCGCGACGACGACGGCGGUCUACGCGAUAUAAUAAUAAUAAUAUAUAAUAUACCCGGGUGUACACGCACGGGAUACACGAUGAUGAUGAUAUAUACUAAUAACAACGCGCGUUUUCCCGAAACAUAAUAAUAUAAUGUAAUGACGACGAGACAGGUAAUUGGUAUUUUAACGAACCGAACGUGACGUUGCUCAAAAGCGAGCGCGACGCGCGGCGGCGCAAAACGAAUCGAAAACGAAAUCGAAUUAAAAACCAUAAACGAAUCCCAUCUGCUUUAAAAAAAACCAUCACCGCCCACACGAAUCCACUAUGUGUGUACAAGCUGCCGUGUGACGUCGGCGGUCGAGUAAACCGUAUUAUACAUUGUAGGGCACGCUGUCGUAGGAAAUCUGUAUCGUUGCAGUAUCGCGAUCGUCGUUUUGCCAUCAAAAACGUCGUGAUGGAAAUUUCGAAAAAUAACGCACAGAGAAAUACAUUUCGAGCGGGUGCACAUGGGCCGCGUGCGUACCGAACAUAUAAUAUAAUAUUAUAAUAUCGUAUUUACAUGGGCACAGUGCGUAUAUAUUAUAUAAUACAUGUGCAUGUGUGUGUGUGUGUGCGCGCGCGUAACUAAUUAAAAGAAACAUUUUUGUUAUCAAUAUUAAUUUACACGCGGAAAACGAUGACGCGUGAAAACAGAACGACGUAAUAUCUGGGUCGACUUCUUAUCGUGACCUAACGCGUACAUUAUCGUACACACACAUAUACCACGCAAUGAUUUUCCGACAUUACGCGUCGGUUAUCGAGUGACCUAACGCAAUUAUUAUAAAACAGUGUAUUAUAUAAUGCUAAUGUCAUAGUUGUAUACGCACUGUUUAAAGUCAAACCGUCACCGACACCCUCGCGGAUAUCUCUAUACGAAUUCACAGGACACCGGACUAUUAUAGGCAACGUGGUGCGACGUGAGCGCCGCUUAACAGCGAAAGUCGGUAAAAUUCGACGGUUGUGCGUACGAAUCGUAUAUUAUAUACGUUUUCAAUUUUUUUUUUUUUUUCGAAAAUUAUUAUACCUAGUAAGCAGUGGUAUCUCUGCAGCUAUUAGGUUAGCUCGCGCUAAUCGAAACUUCUUGUAAUUACACGGUAAACCGACGGCGACGACGACGACGACGACGACGGCGACCAUCAUAUUAUCGUGUUUAUACGUAUAGGGUCUGUAACUAGUAGGUAGUAGUCGUAUAUAUAUAUAGUGUAUAGUAUAGUAUAGUAAUAAUCGUAAUGUAAUUAUCUUACUAUCGUAUUUUCGCGAUUAAUAUGUAUAUACCUGUAAUAUAAUUAUACAUUU